AUGGAGAAACUUGACCCAGCUCUCAUCAGGAAAGGAAGGAUGGACAAGCACAUAGAGUUGUCCUAUUGUAGCUUUGAAGCAUUCCAGGUUUUGGCUAAGAAUUACCUGCGGCUUGAAUCGCACCACUUGUUUGCUAAAAUCCAAGAGUUGUUGGGGGAAACCAAAAUGACUCCCGCUGAAGUUGCAGAGCAUUUGAUGCCAAAGACUCUUCCUGGAGACGACAAGGUUUGCUUGGACGGUCUAAUAGCAGCACUCGAGAAGGCAAAAGAGGACGCUAGAUUGAAAGCUGAAGAAGAAGCAAAAGAAAAAAAUUCAUCACCCGAAGAAAAAGCAGAAUCAAAAGACUCGUCACCUGAAGAAAAAGCAAAAGAAAAAGAUCCAUCACCUGAAGAAAAUGCGAAAGAGCAAGCAAAAGAGAAUGGUUUUUGUGAUAAUGGACAUGCAGAACUGAAUGAUAAAGAAAAAGAGAAGGGCUUCAGCCACUAA